AUGGCUAAAUGGGACCAAAGGGACCCUCGCUGGAUUGUUGAGGUUCGACCUGAUGGUACGAAUGUGAAUAAUUGGCACUGGGUGGAGAAAAAUGCUACAACUUGGUCCAAAAAUAAAAUUACAGAACUCUUAGCUGGUUUAGUAAUUCAGAAUGAUGAUUAUUUCUGUGAAAUCACAGAAGUGACUAGACUUGAAGGUGAAGCUACUGCUAACAACAGAAAAGCCAAACUAAUUUUCUUUUAUGAAUGGGAUAUCAGAGCUGAUUGGUCAGGUAAACUGAAAAACGACACAACAAAAUAUAAAGGCAAACUUGACGUGCCAAAUCUAAGUGAGGAAAACUCUGCAGAAGAUAUUGAUGUGAAUGUGAGUGUAGAAGAUAGCAGUGAUACAGCUUACAGAGUCAAAGAGUUUAUGCGUUGUGAGGGAAUGAAAACAAUUCAACAACAACUUGGUGAAUAUAUCAAAUGUUUGAAAGAAGAAUUUAGCCAAGGAAUAAUUUUGCCUACUAAAGAUAACCAACAAGUGGUUGCUGAACAGAAAACUUCAUCUGGACAGAAUGUAGCCAAGCAGGAAAUGAACAAAACUAUUAAUGGAAACCAAGGACAUGCAAUCCGAGCUACAGAUGAUAUUCCAUGCAAAACCCUAAAAGCUAGAGAAGAAUUCAUUUGUUCAGCAGAGGAUUUAUAUCGAACACUCACCACAAAAGAGUUGAUGUUAGCUUUUACUAAUAGUGAAGUUUUUAUUGCUGGUCUCUCUCUCCCCCCCCUCCUUCUUUCUCAUUCAUUUCUCCAUAUCAGCAAUGGUUCUUAA